AUGAUGACCACAGCGCAUGGUUCCAACGCCAAGAACCUCGAUGACAUCAAUCCUUUCGCUGAGAGUUCAAGCGAUGAGCAUGCCGCUCUAAAUAGUUCUUUCGAAUUCGACGACAGGUCUAGUAACUCAUAUCCGUGCCAAUAUGAACCAAGUCGACCGGCCGAGCUGGCCUCAACGAAUUCAGGCCCCGACGACAUCUUCCAUAAAGUGAAAAAUUUUCUUCGACAAGACAAUUCGCACAUCCCGGAUGACGACAGUGUGUCAGAUUGGCCCCACAAUGGACCCUGCAAGUCGACUACGAUAUUCAGACAACAGACAAAAAAGAUUAUCAGUCCCAGGGUCAUCUUCUCGGGCGUCUUCGCCGCAUCGGCAAUCGUCAUCUCCAACACUUCAAGCCCGGCGCUUUUAAUAUUCAUCUGGAACCUCCUUGCUAUUGUGCCCUUGUCUGUCACGCUCACAGAAGCCACCGAGAGGAUAUCUGAAGAUUUGGGUGAGACCGCUGGCGCUCUCCUCAACAUCACCAUUGGAAAUCUAGCAGAACUUAUCAUUUUUAUUACUGCAUUGUUGAAAAACAACAUCAAAGUCGUUCAAUCAUCACUUCUCGGCUCUAUCCUUGUGAAUCUAUUGCUCGUUCUCGGUUCUGCGAUCAUCGCAGGCUGUGUCUCCACAAGCGAUGUGACCUAUAACACUGAUCUCACUCAAUCCUUCGUGGGACUUCUCAAUCUCACAAUCUCUUGCCUCAUGAUUCCAAGCGCUUUCUAUGGCAGCGUAAAGAGCGUGAGCUCCGCUGAUCACAUGUCACUUUCUUUCAGCAGAGGAGUGUCUAUCAUCCUCCUCGGCACAUAUUUCUUAUAUCUCUACUUCCAGUUCAAAUCACACCCUCACUUAUUCCGCUCAACGCGACUUCAAGUACCCCGCGCAACCGGUCCUCAGACAUACACCGACCUCGAAUCGCAUCCAGACGCUGUGAACACAUCGAGCAGACAUGUUCCCCAGGUAGAGAUGCAGCAAGUACGAUCACGGGCAUCUUCGGUCAACGACACAGAGGCAGAAUCAGCAUUGCCUCUGUUCCCCACUGAGUUGCCUGAAGGAAGAAGAUCACUCCACAGACAAACCGAACACCCGCUCGAAGAAUAUCGAGGAUGCCGCUGCAGCGGAUACGUUGUUCGGGCCAACCGAGCUAUCUCACUCACCCUUCUCGCCCUGUCAACGAUUCUCAUCGCCGUGUGCGCCGAAUACUUCGCCUCGAGCUUCGAAGUGCUCAACGAACAGGGUGUUCUUGGUGAAUCUUUCGUCGGAUUGAUCAUUAUUCCUGUCGCUGGCAAUGUCGCCGAAAACGUUACCGCGGUGGUUGUCGCCUCGAAGAACCAAAUGGAUCUCGCCAUCAGUGUUGCUCUGGGGUCCGCUAUUCAAAUCGGUCUGUUGGUUUCGCCUGCCAUGGUCCUCAUUGGUUGGGCUCUGGAGAAGCCUAUGACCCUGCACUUUGACAGAUUCGAGAUGGUCACAUUGAUCGGAGCUGUUCUUUUGGUCGAUUUCAUUGUUCUCAAAGGAAAGACCAAUUAUUUGGAGGGCACUAUUUUAUGUGCCUGCUUUGCCGCCAUUUCUGUUGGAGCGUUCUUGUUGCCGUUCUCUUGA